AUGUUUUGCAGCCAUUUUAAGACCACACUUAGGGACCAUUUGCUUAUGCCUCCUUCACAUUCGAAUUGCCUUGUGAUUAUCAGUAAAGGCUUGGACAAAGCUGCCAUUUGCAUUCCUAACACCACCUUUCAUAUUGCCAUGGCUAAGCGUGUUAAAUUGUCCUUAUCAAGGUUACUCAUGAGGACUAGAGGAGCAAAAACUGACGUUGAUCGUUCUCGAGUUCGACCUCCUACACAAUCAAAUAGGAGAGAUGAUGUUGAAAAAAGAAGAAAGCAGCAACAGUUUGAUGAUGAACAUAGUCAGCAGCACCAGCCUGAAGAACUCAUAUUUCCUGGAGGUCCUUAUGAUCUUUCUGUCCUUAAAGAUUAUGAGCACCAUAUUGCAAUUAAUGUGUGGAAUGGACAGUAUAAAUUAUUUUAUCAUUUACCUGCUCAAAUAGAUCAUUGGAUUACUAUAUCUGGAUUACGUCCUCUAAGAAGAUGUAGUUUGCAUAUGAUUGACGGUAAUAUGAUAUUUGCUUUUGCUGAGAGAUGGCAUGCAGAGACUAGUUCAUUUCACCUGCCAUUCGGUGAAAUGACUAUUACUCUUGACGACGUUAGGGAUUUGGCAAUUGCUGCUGCUGUUGAGUUGUUGGGAGUUGCAUAUGAUGAAGCUGUCACUGAAACUAGGACCUAUAGAGGUGCCUCGUAUAGUUUUGAGUGGUUGAAAGAGGUAUUUUUCAAGAAACUUCAUGAAGGACGAUAUGACUGUGCAGCGAAGGCAUACCUACUUCAUUUGGUAGGGUGUACCAUUCUAGUUGAUAAAAGUUUUACCCUUGUAUCUGUAAAAUAUCUGUUUUUGUUUCAAGACCUUGAUACUUGUGGUAAAUGGGCAUGGAGACCAACUGCACUUGUUGUGUUAUAUCACUAUCUUAUAACUUGGAUUUAUGAACAUUUUCCUGAUAUUUGUAAACGGGAUAUGGAUGAGUUUAUCUCCUCGAUGCCACAGAUGUUUCGUUGGACUACAAAACAAACAUUUGGACACGUUGCAUAUUAUAGGGUAAAGUUGGAUGCUUUGAGGGAUACUGAUAUUAUCUGGACGCCGAAUUACGACGAGAACUCUAUGACAUGA